AUGGCUGGAUAUCUCACCGUUCUUACCGCUUUCGCGGCUGCCUUUGCUCCUGUUUUUGGUGCACCAGCAGUCAGAGUGCCUCAUCCUAAGAUUAAGACUCCAACUACCGUCGCUAAGGAUAUCGUUGCCGAUAGCUAUAUCGUCGUCUAUAACACGGAUAUCACACCAGAGGUGACUGCUAGCCAUGUUGACUUUGUGAACGCUAUCGUUGCAAAACGUGACAACGCCGUAUCAGUUGGUGCAAAUUACAAGAUUCACGACUUUGCUGGAUAUCAGAUCACAGCUGAUGAGGAAAGCAUUGUUGAGAUCGCUAACAAACCAGAAGUUGCAUACAUUGAGAAAGAUCAAAAGGUCUACGCUUCAGCAUUGACUACUCAAACUGGAGCUACUUGGGGGCUAGGUCGCAUUUCUCACCGUGCACAAGAUACUACUACUUACAUCUAUGAUUCUACCGCCGGAAGUGGUGUGACCGUAUACGUUGUCGAUACUGGUGUCUAUGCAGCUCAUUCUCAAUUUGGUGGUCGUGCCAGCAUGGGAGCCAACUUUGUCUCUGGAUCAGCUAACACUGAUGAGAAUGGUCACGGAACUCACUGCGCUGGUACUAUUGGUGGUAGCACAUACGGUGUUGCUAAGGCGGCAAAGAUAGUCGGUGUUAAGGUUCUUGAUGCUGCUGGAUCCGGAACAAACGCCGGUGUUAUUUCUGGUAUUCAAUGGGUUGCUACCAACGGUGGUGCUAAGUCUGUUCUAAGCAUGUCUCUUGGUGGUGGUCUAUCCACUGCUUUGAACAGUGCCGUUACAAGCACAGUUGCUGCCGGUGUAACAGUUGUUGUAGCUGCUGGAAACGACAAUGCAAACGCAGCCAACACCUCGCCCGCUUCCACCCCUAACGCUAUCACAGUCGGUGCCAUUGAUGCAAACGACGCCCGAGCCACCUUUUCCAAUUACGGUGCCGUUCUUGACAUCUUCGCCCCUGGUGUCAACGUUCUCAGCUCCUGGAUUGGUUCCACAACCGCUACCAACACCAUCAGCGGAACUUCAAUGGCUACUCCUCACGUUGCAGGUCUUGCAGCUUACUUGAUUGCUCUUGAAGGUUUGGCAACACCAGCUGCUGUUGUGGCUAGAAUUAAGGCAUUGGCUACUCCCAAUCUUAUUACCAGCGCUGGUUCUGGCAGCCCAAACCUCAUUGCCUACAACGGUAACGGUGCAUAA